UAUAGCCUAUCGCACGGCUCGCGUGUAGGGUCCUCUUCCAACUUUGUGUUUUCUUUAACAUAAAACUGUAUGAAAUUAUCAGGAACGUCAUGUAAGAACAGCACUAACGCUUUAGGACCACCAUGAGCGACAUUCGCCAUUCCCUGCUGAGGCGGGAUGCCCUGAGCGCUGCCAAGGAGGUACUCUACCACCUCGAUAUCUACUUCAGCAGUCAGUUGCAGAGCACUGCUGUGCCCAUCGUGGACAAAGGCACCAUCGAGCUUGUUGAGGAGUUCAUCUUCCACGUGUCCAAAGACCGCAACAUUCAACUAAAACGAAUGAGCUCUAUGCAGGAGCUGCAGCUGCUCGAGAUCAUGUGCAGCUACUUCCAGGAGCAGAGCAAGGAUGCCGUGCGCCAGCUCAUCUUCUCUGCCCUCUUCAGCCCCCAAGGUGGCAAGGCGGACGACAGCCGCAUGGCGAUGAUGGGCAAGCUGGUCUCUAUGGCGGUGGCCGUGUGCCGGGUGCCCAUUUUGGAGUGUGCUGCAUCAUGGCUGCAGCGGACCCAUGCCCUGUACUGUGUGCGGCUCGCCAAGGUCCUGGUUGAUGACUACUGCAGCCUGGUUCCCGGCUCUAUACAGACCCUCAGACAGAUCUACACAGCCAGUCCCCGCUUCUGCUGCCAGUUCAUCACAGCUGUAACGGCCCUAUAUGACCUCUCCUCAGAGGAGUUGAUACCUUCCUCUGGCCUGUUGGAGAUGGUGGUCACCUGGAUCACUGAUGACCCCCGACUCAGCCUCAUCACCUUCCUCAACAUGCCCAUCUCAGCCAACAUGCCCCUGGGCUCAUUGGGCAUCACUCCCUUGGUUGGGUUGGUGCGUUGGUGUGCUAAAUCCCCACUGUCCUACAAGAGGAACUCCAAGGCUCCUGUGGCUAAUGGUCACACAGGCAAGCUGGCCAGGGAGUCUGUGGAGGAAGGCGUGGACCUGGACCCCCUCUACUCUAAGCUCCAUCUUAGCGUCCUUCAGAUCCUGCUGAUGCUGCAGGCCCACCUGACGGAGAAGAACCUGUUUGGGCGGCUGGAGCUCCUACAGUUUGAGCAGAUGGUCCAGCUGGUGGAGGAGCUGGGCCGGCUGGUGGAGGAACUGAACCCCCUCAAUGCCACCAGGGAGAUUGAGCUGUCACUCAAUAGGCUGGCCCAGGUGUUGCAGGUUGCUAUGGCAUCAGGAGCACUGCUCUGCACACGAGAGGACCUGAGACCUAUUUGUUCCAGAUUGCCCCACAACAAUUUACUUCAGCUGGUCAUGUCAGGUCCAGUCCAGCAACCUCCCCAUUCUGCAUUUCAGCCUGGGUUUUACCCCCACAUCCACACACCACCGCUAGGCUACCCUCCUCGCCCGUCCACACCGGCUGCCGCAGCACACCCUGCGCACCCCUCAUUCAUCCCAGGGAUGAGCUUUCCAUACCGACCCAUGCGUUAACAAAAGGUUGUGUGUAUUCUGUUUGAGUAUGCAGGUGUGUGUGUACAUGAAAGUCAAAAAACUAAAACAGCUACAAUCCUCAAUUGACAAUAGACAGUAGCCCUGUUCACUGGCAUAGUAAAGGAACAUAUGUCCUUUCUUAAACCAAAGGAAGGUCGACAAGCUGUGAAAGACCAAUACAGAUGUGAUGGCAAAUUUUUUUUUUUUGUAAAAAUUUUAAGUUGUAUUUCAAAACAGAAGUAAUAGGGUCCUCAGGGGUUAUCCAAGGCCAGCUUCUAUAAACUACUGAAAAUAGCUAAUGAAACAAACUUAGAAGGCAGAUGAUUUCCAUGAUUUAAUCCGUUGUGGUUUUUAUAUGGACUAUUUUGUAGAGGUAUAUCUAAUCCCACAAGUCUUUUGUAAAAUCUGUCCUUUGGCCAAAUAACCUGUCUUUAAAAAACUCUUUAUAAAAAUCUGCCAAAGUGAAACAAAAGUGAACUAAGUUCCUAUUUCAGCAUUUUAGAAAAUUUUUUUUCAAAACAGUAACAUUGGUACAAGUAACAAAAUGCAGUUGUUUCAGAAUACAGGGUGAAAAAUAUGGCAAGUUCAUUCCAUGCUUUAUUGCUGCAUAUGUUUGUGUUUAAAGCUACCCUUGUUUUUGGGCAGUUGUAAUAAAAUUUUUUAUACAUUAAA